AUGUCGGUCGGUUUUUCUACAGGCAAGAAAUUCCUAACUACUUCCCAAAGAGGUCCGGAACUGCCUCAUCAAGUUGGAAGAACAACUUGCUGGGCCAGUAGUACCGAGGAAGUCCAGCAGAAGGCCGAGGAGACGGCGACCCAGCUGGCCAAUUAUAAUUAUAGGGUCAAACAGGAGAGCUUCGGGAAGGAGUAUAAGGAGGUCUUUAAAUUGGUCGAUGGGGUUGUGAUUAUCAUUUUUCAAGAUUCUCGCUUUUUCCGCCGGUGCCAACCGACAUGUCCUGCCUGUCUGAUCAGUCCGCCCAGCGUUAAGAAGAGGAGGUGUGCCCGCCAGCCAUCCAAUAAGUUCUUCGACGAAAGACCCCGUGUUAUCUCCCAGAGUUUCGCCCCGCGUUCGAUUUUACAAAGCCUAGAGAUUCAUGGGGAUGAAGUUUUCAUGCACGGAUAUUGCUCUGGGAAUAGAAUUGGGGUUUGGGUUACCAACAUUGAAGCCGAAAUGGAAGAAGGGGUAUUACCACCCGUGGACGGUCACCACCCUUGA